AUGGCUGACCGGCCAUACCUCGACCCUUCCAAUUCCAACUUUCAUCCCUCUAUUUCUCAAAGGGAUUAUCAGUCUUUUGCCGCAGAACCAAGUGUCGAAGACAAUGACUCUUCGCCAUCCACGCCUUUAUCCCCACCGGUCAUUUCAAUAAGAGGCAAUGCUCGAGAUCCUCAGAGCAUAUCACGACUCACCUCAGGUGAACGACUAGUAAAUGGCAAAGUUGCCAUUCCCCGACUCGACCUUCCAGUUGCAAGCCACAAUAGUCGAGUCAGUCGAGCAUGUCAUAAUUGUCGCAAGCAGAAAAACAAGUGUACUGGUGAUCGCCCUUCUUGCCUGCGGUGUCAGGAGAUCAACGUGCCUUGUGUAUACGUCGAUGGGAAACGAGAGAGAAGUGCUAAACAUCUCACGGUUGUGACUAGCCAACUCGAACAUUACGAAUCUCUCGUGCGCGAUAUCUAUCCCAAGUUUGACCUUGAAAUGGCUAAAAUCGUCGACCAGGCCCUUGGAAAGAUCUCCAGUCUUUCCAUAUCCUCACCGACCGUCGCUUCGAUCCCCGAUGAUACACCUACCCCGACUACUCCUAUCGUUUCAUGUUUGGACCACACACUUGAAGAUUACAACGGGGACGGCUCACUCCAAGCGCUUGGGUUUGUUGGGGAGCAUUCAGCAACAAAAUGGUUAUACAGACUGAAGCAAUGGGUCGGGCCAACAAUUCUGAACACAAGCAAUCAAUUCGAUCAACCGACAGGUCCAUCACUAUCUUCUUGUUGUUUCUUCCUUGAUGAUACCGCGCCAUUGCUUGCAAAUGGUCCCGACCUAUUCGCAUAUCCCGCGCAAGCUGUCGCCGAUGAACUUGUCGACAGGUAUUUCCAAAUGGUACAUCCUUCGUUUCCUAUUAUUGGGAAAGAAAUAUUCCUUGGCCAAUGCCGAUCUUUCUAUUCAAGCUCGAUGACACAACCUGGAAAUAAGUGGAUGGCGCUAUUGAAUAUGGUGUUCGCGAUCGCUGCAAAACACUCCGAAUUUUCGGGAGACCAACACCGCCUUGAUCACAAUAAUCACACGGUGUACUUUUCUCGCGCCUGGCAAUUGAGCAUGAAUAACAAUGCAAUAUUGGAACAUCCGAAUCUGCAGACAACACAGAUAGAGGGACUAAUCUCGUUCUACUUGCUUUCCACCGGGCAGGUUAACAGGUCAUGGAGAAUAUGUGGUUUCGCAAUUCAGUCAGCCGUUACUAUGGGAAUCCACCUUCGCAGCGAGGGUACACGCAUCACCCAUGUUUCCAAAGAAACAAGGUAUCGACUGUGGUGGGGUUUGUACCUGUUAGAUACUCUGCUCUGCGUGAUGACUGGACGCAUGCCUAGAAUGCAGCCCGAACACUGUGCAACACCUCUUCCUGUACCUUAUACGGAGGAAAGCUUUCGGGAUGAGCGCGUGAUGAUGGUUAUUCAAGAUAAUCAGGCUCGAGUCAACCUCAUGAACUCUCUCCUUUCCCACGAUUCCUCAAAUGAGCCCACCGAACGUUCAAAACAUUCGACUACUCAUCAGCCAACUUCCCAGCAGCAUUCACCCAGUCAGCACUCACAAGCCCAUGUCUCCUUAUACUUACUAUAUUCAAUCGACCUGGCAGCUGUGAUGAGAGAGGCAAUGGAGAUUUUGUACUCUCCCGGAGGGGCAAGGAAAUCUGGAAAUGAGACCGAACAAGCCAUGAAGUCUCUCAACAACACUGCUGAUAACUGGUUCUCUCGACUCUCUGCAACCUAUCGUCUUACGGAAAACGAAACUGACCGCAUCGUUGCCCGCCAACGCACGAGUUUGGCUUUUCAAUAUUACUCAACCAAACUCGUCAUCACCCAACCCGCACUUCGCGCUCAUGUCUCUGGUGACAACCCUCUAAAUGCGGUCUAUCAUCAACUGGCGACCGUUUGCAUCAAUGCCGCAGCCCAAAUGGUGGAUCUCUUGCCAGAUGAUCCGAGUAUAACCUGGUUCAUGGAGUUCUCCCCUUGGUGGUGCGCUCUGCACUAUCUCACCCAAAGCAUCAUAGUGCUGAUCACCCAGCUGCUCUUUGAGAGUAAAUCCAGGGCUAACCCAAACUCUAAGCCAUUUGAAAGAGUCCAAAAGGCUCUACGUUGGUUGACUGAGUGUUCUACAAGGGAUCUCUCUUUCAAACGGGCUUGGGAGAACUUCACGAACCUUUUAUCAUCCCAAGGAAUAAAUGCUGUGUAG